GAGCCUGUUGCUUGGGGAUUGACAGUGCAGAGACAGCAGAGAGACUAAAAAUCGGACACAGCAGCAUGGAUUUUGACCAGAAGGUGUUUUUGCGGCAGGUGUUUUUUGAAAGCAGCCAGGUGCUCACGGAGAGACACCUGUACCAGGCGGCCCGAUGGUCCAGCGAAGCGUUGAACGGGAUGGCGCCGUUGACGACGGAGCAGCAGUACGCAGAGUACCAGCUCAUGAAGAGGACAUCUCACAGCAGUGGGGGUGGACUUGGUGGCGGCGGGCUGGGGGGCAACACGUUGACGUCGCCGCUUUCGUCGUCGUUGGCGUUCGAAUCGAGCAUGCUCACGUCCGGCUCGGCGACGGGGACGAGUACAGGCCUCUCCGGGAGAGCCACGGCGAGUCCGGGACUCAACAUGGGCAGCGGGGCGGGCAUGGGGAGGUCGAGGGCUUUGGAUGGACAGAACGGGGGCGGGCCGGGGGUGGAGAACGACGAGUUCUUGCUGUUCACCGAGAGAGACAAGAUAGCGCUCGCAGGUGCCUACUUCAGCUGCAAGGAGUUCAACCGCUGCUACCACGUCUUGAAGGAGUGCCGCAGCUACAAGGCGGUCUUCAUACGGCUCUACGCCCUGUUUUUGAGCGGCGAGAAGAAGAAGUCGAUUGAAAACGGGACGAUCUUGGGCCAGAACGACAACACGACGCAGAAUCCAAACUUCUCGCUCAUCAUCAAGGAGCUCGAGAUCUACAAGAAGACGAUGCAUCUCACACACUUGCAUGACCCGUUCCUCUUGUACUUGCAGGGCAUCAUCUACCUCAAGUCGAAAAAGCUCACGCACGCGCAGGAGAUGUUCUACCAGUCCGUCUCGAUAUACCCGAUCAACUGGAGCUGCUGGAAAGAGCUGGUGUCGAGCUUGUCGACGUUCAGUGAGGCUCUGCGCAUGAUCACCCGCCUCCAGAAAAACCCAAGGUUCUCCGACAAGAAGGAGUUCUACAUCAUGUUUCUCUUCUUCAAGGUGACGGUCUACCAGGAGUUUUUCCAGAUCUCCAACGAGGUCCUUGUGAGUCUGAACGACUUGACCGACAUAUUCCCGCACUUCAGCUUCUUGAAGACCCAGAAGGCGUUGAUCUCGUACAACGAGCUAGACUACAACACCGCAGAAAACAUCUUUGACGACAUACUGAAGUCGGACCCAAUGAGGUUGGACGAGAUGGACAUCUACUCUAACAUCUUGUACGUCAUGGAAAACAAGUCCAAGUUGUCCUACUUGGCCCACUACGCGUCAGAAGUCGACCCGCUCCGUCCAGAGACCUGCUGCAUAAUAGCCAACUACCACUCCAUCAAGUUUGACCACCAGAAGGCCAUCAUGUACUACAAGAGGGCCUUGUCGUUGAGCCAAGACUGCCUCAGUGCGUGGACCUUGAUGGGCCACGAGUUUGUUGAGUUGAAGAACUCCAACGCCGCCAUUGAGAGCUACAGACGGGCCGUCGACACCAACAACAAGGAUUUCAGAGCAUGGUACGGCUUGGGCCAGGCCUACGAGGUCUUGGACAUGCACCUCUACUCCUUGUACUACUACCAAAGAGCAUGUUCCUUGAAACCCAUGGACAAGCGUAUGUGGCAGGCCAUCGGAAAUUGCUGCGAAAAACUCGAAGAAUUCGAAGACUCCAUCAAAGCUUAUCGGAAAGCCUCCUCCGUCUCCGUGGACUCCGAUCCGGUCAUACUCUACAAGCUCGGCACCCUCUACGCCCACAUCGACGACACCAAGAACGCGAAAAACUACAUGAAGCUUUGUUUGGAAGAGGAGCUCGGUGGCGACAUCACAGAUGAGACAAUAAAGGCCCGCUUGUGGCUAGCCAAACACGAGACCUCCAACAAAAACUGGCAGCUGGCGUACAACUACGCUGUCGAGCUUACCCAGGGCACCUCUCAGGAGAUAGAGGAGGCCCGUGCCAUUGCUCGGGAGGCACACAUGCAGAUCAACAUGACCUCCAACUCGAUAUCCGGCUUUCUGUAACCUCCACGUACUUCUAUGUCUUAUACUGUAAUAUCAUGAAUCCGAUAGAAAUUCUCCCCGCAACAUUACGUAAGCU